AUGGCGACGAGCGGAUCUGGCGGGCGUCAGCCUGCGGUUAAGAAACGCCGCACGGCUGGGCCUCCUGUGACCGCACAAGAGGUCGCCGACAGCCUUCUCCAUUGUCAUUUGACUGGCGUUUUCCAGUUUGGUGGUGUGUGGCUUUCUGUGGAUGACGCCACAGCUGCCAUACUCGACAGCUGCUGCAUUGGAACUGUGGAAGGAGGACCAACAACUGCAAAGGAGACAGCUGCUACCCUCAGAAUUGGAGAAAAUGUUCAGGCAGGAUCUGUAAGCAUAUUGUUGACACUUCAAGAGGCAGCUUAUUACAAAUGUGGCUGGAGCGUGCUGCAAAUUUACCAAUCUGAGUGCACAGGAGGAAUUCGGAAUCUCUCUGAUGAGGAAUUUUGGUCUGCCUGCACUCAUGCUCAACCCGCUUUUGUCGCAAGCUAUGUGGCGUACCAUCACUUCCGGAGCAAGGUAGGGGGUGGAAUUGCGGGACUCUGCAAUGGGGCAAUCUGCGACCAUCCCCAUUCCAGUUCUUUCCACCAUGUGCAGUCAGAUUCGAUGUGGCGGGCGUUGGAUAUGCAAGUGUAUCUGCUGACAAGGGCAAGUAUUUCAGUGAGCUCACCCAACUGA